CCAUAAAAUCUGUGAUACGAGUCAUAAAAUAAUAUAAUUUAAAUAUUUUAUCAUAUUGUACCAAAGACUGCGUGUGUAUUUGUUUAAAUUUUAAAUACAAAUAUAAUGCGCUGCGCAAUAUUAUUAUUUUUCAUAUAUUUCGAUAUAUCCGAGAGUAAGUUAUGGUCGAAAGGAGUCGUGCAUUACACCAUCAACCCAAAAGAUUAUGACCUCCACUCCCAAGACGAGAUAAUGUCGACGUUCUCCGCCCUGGAGAAGGAGAUGUGCGUCAAAUUCUUCAGAACCCCCCUCAACUAUUCCACCAGCGAGACGCAGAAGGUGCUGUACAUCAGCAACCCUAACAAGCAGAGGAGCUGUCCGCCGAUGCGGUUCAACUAUAGCGGCAGUGUCGUGGACAUGCCGAUCGGGUACAAGUGUAUAAACAAGAAUGAUAUCGCGAGGAUCACCAUUGAAAUGUUAAAAGCCAGCAUCGAUCAGACGGCGCCACCUAUAAAUAGUUUCGAUUUGGUUAAAAGGUUUGAGGAACAGGACCAAACCAAACCGCGGCCUACGUUCCUAACAACCGAAGACCGCAACUUCAUCAACGCGCACUACCACGGCGAGUGUGCGUCGCUGUCGCAGCGCGCGAGUGGUUACUCGGCGCGGCGCGACUUCGGCGACCGGGGCGUCUCGCUCGGCGACCAGAACUCGGCCUGGUACGCUGAGCGGGCGUGGCCGCUCGCAGUCAUCAUGUACUCCGUCGAGGACACGCUGCGCGACUCCCAAGACUACAAGCUGCUCAAGUUCGCCAUGACGCAGAUAGAGCUGGCGACGUGCGUGGUGUUCCACGAGAUGGGCCCUGAUGAUAAAUUCUCGCCGUCCAACCAGCUGCUGUUCAAGGGGGAGGGGGGGGACGAGCCGGAGCUCGGCUUCAAACGCGGAGAUCAGGUGAUCAGCCUGCGAGCGAUGACGCACGGAGCCCCGGGGCACUCUGCGCACGCGCUCAACAACCUGCUGCGCGCGCUCGGCCUCCCCAUGAUGUCCAACCGCUUCGACCGCGACAACUAUCUCAACAUUCAGUGGGCACACGUGCAGAAAGGCAAAGAGCGUCUACUAGAGAAGACUCCUAAAGAGGCGUGGGUGGUCGGCAUUCCUUACGACUUCAGCAGCGCCACUCAUGCGCCAGCUAACUUCCUCUGCGACAACUGCCCUCCUGGAGCGAGCACCGUGCAACCGCUACAGGACGCAAUGUGGCGCCGCUGGCUAAGCAUGGGGCACAACAACAAGCUGUCGGAAAGCGACGCCAUUUUGGUCAACCUGGUGUAUUCGGCGCAGUGCAAGGCGCGCGAGCAAAGCGGAUACACUUAUUAAACAAAAAUAUAUUAAAAGUACUAAAAAA